AUACAUAGUUAUCAUGAACUCCAAUACUUGCACCAACCUGUUACUGGGUUCCUGGGUGUUUGGAUUCCUUGUGGUGAUUGUUCCAUGUCUACAGAUCUCAAAACUUCCAUUCUGCGGCUGCAAUAAAAUUGACCACUAUUACUGUGACUUUGCUGCUUUGUUGAAGUUAUCCUGUUCUGAUACAUCGAACAUAGAAAAACAGGUCUUUGUAAUGGCCUGUUUGGUAAUUUUGGGCAGUUUAUCGCUAAUAGUUAUUUCAUAUCUAUAUAUUAUUCAAACCACAAUGACAUUCCAAACUUCUGAUGGCAGGAACAAAGCAUUUUCUACCUGUGUGUCUCAUCUGAUUGUUGUUGGCAUUUUUUAUGGUACCACGAUCUUCAUGUUUAUAAGGCCAAGCACCAGAUACUUUUUGGAUAUUAAUAAAAUAAUUUCUAUAUUCCCAUCAGUGGUUACCCCACUUAUAAACCCUGUUGUUUAUUCUUUAAGAAACCAAGAAGUAAAAGAAGCUCUGAAGAAGACAAUCUCCAAGAUUAAAUAUUUACCAGAAGGUAAAAGAAACACAUGUUUUUAUUUAUCCCCAUGCUAGACCUAUUCUAUGGGGAUUUAGUUAAAAGUAUAUUAGAAGUGUAUACAAAAUAUGUAUUUUUACGUUUUCUGAAAAAUAGGUGGAAAUGUUUGUACAUGACUUUUGUUAGACUGCGCUAGGCCAAAAUAGCUGAUUUUUGGGGGGAGAUCCUGUCUGUGGGCAAAUAUUACUUAUAGUUCGCUUGUAAAAAGCAAGUGAAGAAUAAUUUGUGAAUGUUUAUUCUACCAUAUGCAUUCAUUUUUUCAUCAGACACUGAAUGCAUCUGUCUUAAUGGUGCAGACCAGUGGACCGAAUAGAUUUAGCUUUAGUUAAUGUGAGAAUUGCUAUUACAGUAGAAAUUUUGACUUUUUUUUUUUAAACACGUCCUUAACCCCUUAAGACCGGAGGGCGUACAAUUACGCCCUAUUUUAGGCGGCUCUAAACGCCGCCGGGCGUAAUUGUACGCCCUCCGGUCUUUCCUUACUUACCCCGCGGUAGAUCCUCUUCCUCUAGUGCCCCCCGGCCAU